CGGUUCCAAGAUGGCCGCCUAAGCAGGGUAGAUUUUUUCCCUUUCUCCCUCAGGAGACAUAUAUAUAUAUAUAUUUUUUUUUUCUUUAACUUGUGUGUGACGCAGUAAAGGAGUCGACGGAAGUAGGUCUGAAAGCGUUCUAAAAUGGCGAACCGUACGGUGAAGGAUGCACAUAGCAUCCAUGGUACCAACCCUCAAUAUCUGGUAGAGAAGAUCAUUCGGACGCGAAUCUACGAGUCCAAGUAUUGGAAAGAAGAGUGCUUUGGGCUUACAGCUGAACUUGUUGUGGAUAAAGCCAUGGAGUUGAGGUUUGUUGGUGGUGUCUAUGGUGGAAACAUAAAACCAACUCCCUUUCUGUGUUUAACCUUGAAGAUGCUUCAGAUUCAACCUGAGAAGGAUAUCAUUGUUGAAUUUAUUAAAAAUGAAGAUUUCAAGUAUGUCCGCAUGUUGGGGGCACUUUACAUGAGGCUGACAGGCACCGCAAUUGAUUGCUACAAGUAUUUGGAGCCUUUGUACAAUGACUAUCGGAAAAUCAAGAGCCAGAAUCGAAAUGGAGAAUUUGAACUGAUGCAUGUAGAUGAGUUCAUUGAUGAAUUACUGCACAGUGAGAGAGUCUGCGAUAUUAUUCUUCCCCGGCUCCAGAAACGCUAUGUGCUAGAGGAAGCUGAGCAACUAGAACCUCGAGUUAGUGCUCUAGAAGAAGACAUGGAUGAUGUGGAGUCCAGUGAAGAGGAAGAAGAAGAAGAUGAGAAGCUGGAAAGAGUACCAUCACCUGAUCACCGCCGGAGAAGUUACCGAGACCUGGACAAGCCCCGGCGAUCUCCUACAUUGCGCUACAGGAGGAGUAGGAGUCGGUCACCUAGAAGGCGGAGUCGAUCACCCAAAAGAAGAAGCCCCUCCCCCCGCCGAGAAAGGCAUAGGAGCAAGAGUCCAAGACGUCACCGAAGCAGGUCCCGAGAUCGAAGGCACAGAUCCCGUUCCAAAUCUCCAGGUCAUCACCGUAGCCACAGACAUAGAAGCCACUCAAAGUCUCCUGAAAGGUCUAAGAAAAGCCAUAAGAAGAGCCGAAGAGGAAAUGAGUAAUGGACUCAGUUUGGUUUUAGUCCAAAUGGGCAACUGUGGAUAUGAAGUUAAUCUGUUUAAAUGGAAAGAUUAAGAUCUACGCUCCAGGCAACGACAAGAAUUUUAAUUUUCUCUUAACCAAGUUUUUGGUUUUGUGAUUUUCUUAAAUGAAAGAGGUGCUGAGUUUUAUUAUCUUUUUCAAUAGUAAACAUCUUUGAAGGAUGUUUUCUAAGGUCAGUUUUUGACCAAACCAACUAGGACUAUAUUCACACUUAAGAGGGUAGAAAGGAUUUGGGGAUUGGAGAUGAUGAAUGAGAAGAAAGGAUAUGGCCAACCAAUGACCCUUUCCCUUUUUGCUAUUAAACUUAUUUGCCAUUUUUCUGUA